AUGAACGAACGGUCACCCUGCAUGGAAGAUGGAAAGUGCUCAAAGCACUACCCAAGAAGUUUCCAGGAAACAACAAUUGUGAAUGAUGAUGGGUAUGCACUGUAUAGAAGACGUAAUGAUGGGCAUACAGCAACAAAGAAUGGUAAAGUUCUAGAUAACAGGUUUGUAAUCCCCUGCAAUAUUGAUCUGGUGGUGAAAUUUCAGGCCCACAUAAAUGUGGAAUGGUGCAACAAAGAUAGGUCACUGAAAUACUUAUUCAAGUAUAUGAACAAAGGCCCUGACAUGGCACUUGCAAGAAUUGAACAGGCUCGGGAAGGAAAUAAUGGCAACGAAGCACAAAACAACCAGGAGCAAGUUAUAGAUGAGAUUCAAAAUUAUCUAAAAUGUAGAUAUGUGUCAGCCUCUGAAGCAUGUUGGAGAAUUUUCUCAUUCAUCAUCCAAUACAAAAACCCCCCUGUACAAAGGCUAACGUUUCAUUUGGAGGGUCAUCAAGAAGUCAUUUUUGAAGACCAUGAGCACUUGUACGAUGUCCUGGAAAGAGUUGGGACAAAGAAAACAACAUUGACAGAGUGGAUGACGGCUAACAGGAUGUAUCCAAAAGCGCGCGAACUCAUAUAUGCAGACUUCCCAACAGAAUGGGUAUGGUUAAGCGACGAGAAAAGAUGGAAGCCAAGAAAUAUCGGGAACAGCAUUGGAAGGAUAUACUACGCACACCCUGCCUCCGGGGAGAAGUACUACUUAAGAUUGCUUCUGAAUAUUGUCAAAGGUGCCACAUGCUUCGCAGAUAUCCGGACGGUUGAUGGAAUCAUACAUCCUACAUACAAGGCAACAUGUCAUGCCCUUGGGCUUCUUGAUGGGGACAAUGAAUGGCACGAGGGAUUAGUUGAAGCAGCCACAUGGUCUAACGGCCAACAGUUGCGGGAACUCUUUGUUACAAUGCUCUUAUUCUGUGAAGUGUCAGACCCAAAAGAGUUGUGGGAAAAGCAUUGGAGAGACUUAUCGGAUGACAUUGUUUACCGACAACGUCAAAGACUGGGAAUUGCAGACCUAAGUCUAACAAAAGAUCAGAUUCAGAACUACACCCUCUAUGAGAUUGAACAACUACUAAAUAGAGACAAUAGAAGCCUCAAAGACUACCACGGCAUCCCAUUACCAGAUGCAGCCCUACUUCAAGAAGCAGGAAAUAGGAUGCUACUGGAAGAGCAUAACUACAACACAGAAUCAUUGGCUAGCGAUGCUCGCGAUUUAGAACAGGGCCUUAAUGAUAAACAAAGACAUGUUUAUGACAACAUCCUUCAAGCAGUGUACGAGAGUAGAGGUCAACUAUUCUUUGUCUAUGGUAGUGGUGGCACAGGGAAGACAUAUCUUUGGAGAGCAUUAAUAUCCAAGCUUCGCUCUGAAGAACAAAUAGUAAUUGCAGUGGCAUCAUCAGGAAUAGCAGCUUUACUACUCCCUUCUGGUCGUACUGCCCAUUCCAGGAUCAAAAUCCCACUGAUCUUAAGUGAAAAUUCGUGCUGCAAUAUUGACCAAGGCUCUGACCUCGCAGAACUAAUCCGACGAACAAAGCUCAUAAUAUGGGAUGAGGCUCCCAUGGUACAUAGGCAUGGAUUUGAAGCACUUGCCCGAACUUUUCGAGAUGUAAUGCAGCUUCAUGACCAAUCGUCAAAGGACAAAGUUUUUGGAGGCAAGGUAGUAGUCUUAGGAGGGGAUUUUCGGCAAAUACUACAUGUUGUUCCAAAAGGAGGACGAGUAGAAAUUGUAGAUGCAUCUGUGAGAAAAUCCAAGACCAUAUGGCCAGAGUGCAUUGUCCACACACUAAGGACAAAUAUGGGGAUAAAGCGAUCAAACUUAGACCAAGUCGAUAUAGAGCGAUAA